UGAUUUCGCUAAGACCAUAAAGUAGUAAUGUGUUUUGAGUCCUAUAAAUAAUAUACAUGAAAAUGACUAUGGAAUAUAAAUAAAUAUCACCUCAGAGAUUACAACUUAUUACAGAGAGAAGCGAUUCCAAAGGAAUAAAUUUCCUUCUGUCUAAUCUUAUUCUUUGUUUAAAAGCCCUCUCCAUGCAUUCCUCUUGUUUAUAUAUUUAUUGCUUCCUCUCUCUAAGAUUUCUGAGUCCUGACCAUCAAUCUUUCUAGCUAAGUGAGUAGGUACAGUACGUACAAAUAUAUAUAUAGAGCAGAGAGCGUUGGAGCAGAGAAAUGGGUUUGAGAUCCAUCAUAUCGACCAUCACAUACGGUUUGUUCCUUGGCUAUCCACACAAGAAGCCAAAGGUCAAAAGUAUGAGCCACCUCAACUAUUACCACACCAUGCCAAAGGCUCGUCCACUUUCUUUACAGACGAUAGACCUAAAAGUACGGAUGUGCUGCAGUGGAUGCGAGAGGGUAGUCAAGCAUGCCAUUUACAAGUUGAGAGGAGUGGACUCGGUAGAGGUGAACCUGGAGUUGGAGAGAGUGACGGUGGUUGGGUACGUGGAGAGGAAGAAGGUGCUAAAGGCGGUAAGAAGAGCCGGUAAGCGAGCGGAGUUCUGGCCAUACCCGGACAUGCCUCGUUACUUCACUUCCUCGGACCACUACUUCAAAGACACAACACGCGAGUUCAGGGAAAGCUACAACUACUACCGCCACGGCUACAACCUCAGCGACCGUCAUGGCCACAUCCACGUCACUAACCGUGGCGACGAUAAAGUCAGCAACUUCUUUAACGACGAUAACGUCCACGCUUGUCGCCUUAUGUAAUCAAAUGUUUUAACGUUUCUUAAAAGAAAAAUAAACGUUUCUUAAAAAGCCAAUCAUCCAUAUGUAUGUAAUAUGUACAUAUAUCACUUUGUAUUUCUACAUUUGCUGGGUUAAUACAUGUUGUAUUGUAUUUGUCUCUAGACCAAAAACAUAUUAUCAUUGGCGUUCAAUUUGAAUCGUUACUUGACAGA